AUGGAAGUCACAUUCCAUGGUGCCCUCUCGCCGUUGCGACGAGUGGGCGCCAGUUGCACUCGAGCUGCUGAACAAUGCAGUUUUCGGCCGGCGGUCAGAUCUUACAGCAAGGCGGAGAUCUGUAACAAGGCGACUGCACGUCUUUGGAGGUUCUCGAUUCGGCCUCCCAUGGAGGUCGGCAUGCCGCCUCUGGCGUCGGCCGAUCCAAAGAUGAUGUCCUUGCAGCAUUUGUUGAAGCAUGGCCGAGAGGCCACACAGAGGUGGCGGAUUCAACAUCCAGCUUUUUGGAGAGCCUUCUUUGAGCGUUUGGGAGAACUGAAGGAUCAGGUCAAUGUACGAGAGGCCAUCCAAGUUCUAGAAAUUUCAGCGACACUGAGGCUGGUGGAUUUGGAGUUGGUGAAUGCCUCAGUGGAAACGUUGCUGACGGCGGAGGACGAGGACUUGUUGGAUCUGCCCCAGAGGGACUUGGCAGAGGCUGCAGAGGCUUUGGCUGUGAUUCGACCUGAGGCCAUGAAUGUGGUGCUACGCGUCUUGGCCACCCGGGCCCACAGGCUGCGCGCCGCGCAAUUCUCCAAAGUUGUCAGCCUUGCGUCUCAGGCGAAGAGUUCCGAAAGCCACCAUCUCGCAGAUGCCUUUUGCCGCGCGCUGGUGGAACGUCAGGAUGCGUCCAGUCAGGACUUGACCUUGGCGGCAGAGACGACGGCCCAAUUGGUGCCAAAGGCCUUGUACAGGUUGGAGCCCUCCCCAUGCGGUUUGGAGCUUCUUUUUCAACAUGCCGCGCGUCGUGUGCAAAGUUUCACACGCUUGAAAUUGGAGCGGUUGGUCGCAGCGGCCGAGAUGUGCGGCAAGACGCAGGCGCUUCAACGGCUGCAGCAGCGACUGGAAGAGGACUGGAAAGUCCUCGAGCUCUUCGCCGGCAUCGGCGGUUGGCGCCUGGCCCUCUCCGCCGCGGCGGAAACGACGCCGUCGAAGUCGGCCUUUGCGGUGACGGCGUAUGACAGCGGGCCACACUGCAGCGAGGUGUACCACCUGAACUUUGGUGAACGCUGUUCCCGGCGAAAUAUCGAACAGCUUUCUCCAAAAGACUUGGAGGGUUUCGAUGUGUGGUUGAUGUCACCUCCCUGCCAACCAUUCUCCACCACUCGGGAAGCCAAGCAACGAGAUCUGCAGGACAAGCGAUGUGCUGCACUGGAGCGGUUGACCAAGAUGUUGCCGAAGUUGCAACAGCCUCCACGAUGGAUCGCUUUGGAAAAUGUCAAAGGUUUUUACGGCAGCGAGGCCUGCUGUCAGUGGAAGGCGGCGCUCAGCCUCAGCGGCUUCCGCGCUCGAGAAAUCAUUUUGGACUUGAUGAGCUUCGGCACCCCGAACCAUCGCACCCGCUACUAUCUCCUGGCCGAACGGGACACGCGGAAUCUGGAGCUGCUGGCAGCACCACCGGAACCCAGGUGA